UUGUAAGAGUGGCUGUCUUCCUAGGACCCCGAGGAAAUAAUGCCUCGUAAACUUCAUUUUACAAAAUAGCAAAUAGAAGGAAAAGUCAUCCUGCAACUUUGUUGCGAUUUUAGAGCUUUGAUCAUUUCUUUCCUCCUUUCCUCCUCCUCCUCCUCCUUUUUCUUCUUCCUCUUCCUCCUCCUCCUCCUCCUCCCCUUCCUUCUUCCUUUUUUCUACUUUCUUCUCUAUCUCUUUUUAAUUUAAAGGAAAUUCUUGCAUGGCAUAUCAGCAGCAAAUGCUUUUUAACAACUAAUUUCGCCGUUUUCACGCGAUAUCAUGAGCAGUGCCACAGCUUCCUUGCAGAACCUUGUCUCUUCCCGCCCGGAGUCAACACAUUUGGGUAGCUCGCUUUUGCAACUGGGGUUUGAAGGGCAUGCGGGUAGAUUUUAGGAGACUAUUAAAAAGAGAACUUUAGUUUUUAACAGUCACACAAUAAGCUUUUAUGGUAAGAAAACGAAAUUAAACCCAGACGAGUAAUGAAAGUUGACAUUUAAGUGACUCAUUGUUAUAGUUUCGUAAUUAGGGUAGUAGACCUACUGUGCGUUUUUCUGACCACUCUUGAUUGAUAGAUAAAUAGAACAGAUAAAUUUUUUGUGGCUCUAAUUAAUGUGUUUUACAGGAAUUAUUUUCUCCUAGAUGUUCUUACAUCACUGUAAAUUGAGCUGGGAUCCCCACAGCCUCUCCGUAUUCGCGUGUAGACUUCAUGGGAAAGCAUCAAUUAAAACAAAACUUGCAAAAUUUAAUUUUGAAAUGAUUGGUACUUUUUUAUUAAGCGGACUCUGCUUUAGUCAAUAAACGUUUGGGUCAUUACUGAUACCAUGUUUGGAAAACAGACUGUUGGUAUGUGGGAAUAACUUAAUAUCCAUGCUUCAUACUAUUUAUCUAAAUUGUUUUUUCUUUCCCCUCUGAUGAAAGGUUUAUUGACAGCUAGGCUUAUCCGACGCCUCAGAUUUUUCCUGAUUAUUUUCCUAUUUUCUACUUGGCCGAUGAAAAUCUAGUCCUGAAUGUUUAACUACUUUUUAAAGUAAUUUUUAACUUGUUCCUUAUGUGUAAUACCUUUGGUGGAUGCUUUCAUAUUUACCAAAACUUCUUCAAACAUAGCCUAAAGUGGGCUUUUGCCCACAGCUCAGCUGAUAAUAUUCUAUCGCUGUGCACUUCUUCUCCCAAAGCAGUAGAAACUACUUGGUUGGCAGAUACUCCUGCUACUAAAUUUAGUAAGUGUGGGGAAAGGGAGAAAAAUAUUGUUUUGCAUUUAUUAAAGCAUGGUGUCGUUUUCUGCCCAGGUGCUGCAGUCUACCUAGAAACAAACAAUCAAACGGUUUAAAAUGGAAUUUACUAUACAACAAAUUUUCAGCAGUUUUUCAUAUUAUUCUUGAGAGAAGUAUGUGGGGCAAUUCAUUGCUUCAUGUCUAAAAUGAGAGUUCCUGCAGGUACAACAAUAAACACUUGUAUUUUGGUAAAGAGAGGAUGAGGAAAAACAACUUAUCCCAUUUUUAGUGAUUACGGACUUAGAUCCCAGUUCAGAACAGCUUGCCUCUGGGUGUGCUGCCUUGCUGCUAAAAGACUUUGGACCAAAUGCAUCCUUUAAAAAAGUGAAAAUACUAGACCUUGAGGCCAGAAUAGACAAACUGGGGGAAAUUUUGCUAGUUAACAUUCUGCUGCCUCAUACAGUGAUGAGAUUGGAGACCUUAUAUGAAAACAUAAGUGAAGGAGUUUGUAAAAAAAAAAAAAAAGUUUUGAGAGAUAAUUGAUAUAGUGCUGGGCUACAAGUGGUGACUGCAUGUUUUGCUCUACUUCUAAGGGCUACUUUAUUUCUCUAAUUUCCUUUGCUACUUUAAGCCAUUGUAAUGACUCCCAGGACUAUUAUAAAGUACAUUUUUUCCUCAACUGUCCACUUUGGGCAUUUCACAACAGCUGCUUUUUAUGAUUAUCAGCUGGUAGCAAAGUACCUUUAAUAUUCUCUUGCACCUACCCUCUACCUAAAUAAUGCUUUGCACAAAGUAGGUGCUUAAUAAAUGUUGCAUUUAAAAAGAAAAAUGAAUAGCUUAUAAACUCACAGCGGAAUAGAUUUUGGGUACAACUUUUAAGCAGAAGGCAUUUUUGUGCACUCACAAGAACCUAAACAUUCAAAAAUUAGUAUGUACAUUCGCCUAGCUGCCUGCAUUGUAUGUGCAGGCAACUCAGUGGGUUCUGUUGGCUCUCAUUGUACUUCCAGGCACUUGUGUACUUCAUCUUCUUGACUAGUAGAUGUAUUAUUAACUAUCCAGCUUCACUGUGAUACUUCCCAGUAAUCACAGUGGCUUGGGAAUAAAAAAGGUUUUGUCUUUUGAGUGACUGUAUAGUACAUAUAGCACAUGCUGGAACAGUGACAACCUCGUGACUGUUGUGCAGAUGUUGACAAUAUAGUUUAGUAGAGUUUUGUUCUUCACCCAGCUGCCUUUAUGUGUGAGGGAGGAGGGGAGUGAAUGGAGUGAAAAUCUCUAAAAUGAUGAAGAUUUCUAUUAACAUUUUACUUUGAUUCUGCUUAUAGUACAAUAAAUUCAGGAAUGUGGCAGAAUUUUUCUGUUUUGAAAUAAAUAAUGUGGUCUGAUAGGCUUACAAAUAGGGAUCGGGGCGUAGCCGACAGUACAUAGGUUAUAGUACGUUUUUGACAAGUAAUUUGAUCCUGUAAUUAAAGUUAGAUAACGUUCAGUGCCAUGUUAACACUAUCAAGUGUCUGUAAGAGCAUGAAGGCAACACUCACCUUUACUUCAUCAAGGUUCUUCCAUGCUGUUGAGUUUUCUUACAGCAAUGUCGACUAGGCAGAACAGAUGGAUUUUUCCCCGUUACAAAUGUAUGUGAUGUCAAGAAAAUAGAAAUCAGAAGUUGUGUUUGUGGGAUUUUUCUGCCUUUCUCUAGGUGUGAUGUAGCUCUCACUUCAAAUAUAGAAAGAAACCUGAGCCUCAGCCAAAAUGAGAUGGACACUUUUCCUGAAAGAGAAGAAACUGUGUCUGGGAGCAAGUUGUUUAAUUGUCAAUUAACCAACCAGCAAACAAACAUAAAUUAUGACUGAAAGAAAGCAAUUAGAUCUAUAAUAACGUGGGCCUUUAUGUCUUACGGAUACCAGAUGGUUCCAUGACGUUCUGUUCUUCCUAAAUGGUUAUCUGUUGCCUCAAGAUAGCCAAAUGACAGUGUUGGAAAGGCAACUUUGAGAAUUAGGGUAAAUAAGGUAUUAAUUGUCUUAUUGGAUGUUAAUAACAUCCACAUGACCUGAAAGGGAUAAGAAAAUAUUUUUUUUCGGAUUAUUCUAGUAAAACUUCAAUCUUAAUCCAUCAUUUGGAUGUGCUUGGUAUUAGAUUGAAUGAUAGUGUUUUUUAAAGAUUGAUGGGGAAAACAAUAUAAUCUGGGAAGUAGGACCUUAUCAUUUUUAUUUAAGAAAUAACGGGACUUCCAAAUUGUCUAGGCAUACAAACACAUACAUACAUGAGUGUGCAAAUUAGUGGUCAAUUCAGAACAAUUUAUGCAGAUAUACAUUGCUUUCUCACUGGAAGAUUAUAGAAAAAUACCUAUUUUUACAGCAUUCCUCCAAUUCUAAGAAUAAAGGAAAAAACAUUCACUGUAAACUAUAAUAAAUAUUUGAUAUAGUGAUGUCUCUCUGAGGCUCAGGAAAAGAGCCAGGGCUCUGAUUGUUCAACUCCAGGCAGUUAACUUUCAGAAAAAAAGAUGCUUUGCUCAGAAAUCAAGAGGAAGCAAGAAUAAAAGGAGGCUUGAUUUAAAUGUGUGUGUGUGUGUGUGUGUGUGUGUGUGUGUGUCUGUGUCUGUGUGUGUUCUCCCUUUGUAUGUAUAUGGUGGUUUUCAAGAAGCCCAAGCAUAGGACUCAAUUAGACAUGCUUCCUAAAAUAUUAUAUUGACUCUCAAGUUUUACUUGUAUCAGCAUUAAUUUGGCUCCAAUGGAAAAUGAAUGAUUUGUUUUCUGAUUUGAGACAGGAGUUUGUUUUGAGCCCAGACAGUGAGUGAACUUGAAGAGCUUAGAAAGAAAUGGUCUCCCGUUGAGAAAAGGCAACCUGGACACAAAUGCAGGGCAUUGGCAGUAGAGACUAGAGGUCAUUUGACCUCUUUAAGCCAUGGAAGCAUCCCAGAGUCUGAUAGUUUACUGGAUUUUGUUUUCCACUUAGGAUCAUUCAAAUUAGCUUAAAAUUGCUCAUAUUGGAUUCUUAGAAUCCUGAGCGUCUUGACAUUACCUUCAACUGGUGUGAAAAAUUGAGAAAGGUUUCUUCAGGCUUACUAAGAUUUUCUUGAAUGUACCAGUAACUCUUCAUUAAGCAGAGGUUAUUGGGUCUCUUUACCUCAUAUCCCCAGUGCCUAGUAAAUAGUAGGUUCUCAGUAAAAGGUUGUUAAAUAAAUGAAAGACUAUAUUAAUCUUUCUAACUUGUUUUUGCAUGUUACAAACAUUCUUCCUUGUAGCAUUAUUUCUGUUUUUUAUUGACAAAAGAAAAAACAACACCAAUAAGCAGACUGAACACUAGAUUGAAUGACUGUUAGAGGCCACAGGAGCCACUCAAGUCCAGGGAGAUGCAACAAUGCCAGCUUUGGGGCUGAGACUUUGAGGGCUGGCUUCUGCUACUUUUCUUUCACUUGUAGUUGCAUUUAGAAUACCUCCCCCACACCCAAGCGAUAUCAGUCUUCAUUAUAAAGAAAUGUUUACGUAGAAACAGUUCUUUAACUGUUUCGCCAAGUUAAAAAUAAAGAAAAAAAUCAGAAAUACUGUGACUCUGAUGCCUCCCGUCAUGUAUAGUUGAGGAAGUGAUGAAGUUACAGACAAAAUCCAAAAAGGACACUGGGAGCUGUCUCAUUUUCAGUCAGAUGCUAAUUGCCCAUUUAGAGGCUGGAUUUGCAUAGGUUUUUAUUUACCAAGAUACAGGUAUGAAUAGCGCCUCUUUUUCUUGUGUCCAGAAAGCAAAGUCCACACAGUAGAAGAGACAAGAGCUGUCAUUUCAGAUCCACCACAAUCAUCUUUUGUGCCCAGAGGAUAAUCCGUCUUUAGGGUCGGUGCACUCGAGAGAACUGCAAGUACCUUCACCCUCCUCCACACUUAAAAACGCAGCUGGAAAUUAAUGGGCGGAACAAUCUGAUUCAACAGAAGACUGUCGCAGCCAUGUUCGCCCAGCAGAUGCAGCUUAUGCUCCAGAACGCUCAAAUGUCAUCACUUGGUUCUUUUCCUAUGGCUCCGUCACUUCCAAAUCCUCCCAUGGCUUUCAAUCCCUACAUACCACAUCCUGGGAUGGGCCUGGUUCCCGCGGAACUUGUACCAAAUACACCUGUUCUGAUUCCUGGAAACCCACCUCUCGCAUUGACAGGAGCCAUUGGCCCAAAACUGAUGCGUUCAGAUAAACUGGAGGUUUGCCGAGAAUUUCAGCGUGGAAAUUGUACCCGUGGGGAGAAUGAUUGCCGCUAUGCUCACCCUACUGAUGCUUCCAUGAUUGAAGUGGGUGAUAAUACUGUGACAAUCUGCAUGGAUUACAUCAAAGGUCGAUGCUCCCGGGAGAAAUGCAAGUACUUUCAUCCUCCUGCACACUUGCAAGCCAAACUCAAGGCAGCUCAUCACCAGAUGAACCAUUCAGCUGCCAUGGCCCUGCAGCCUGGUACACUGCAGCUGAUACCAAAGAGAUCAGCACUGGAAAAGCCGAAUGGUGCCACCCCGGUCUUCAAUCCCGGUGUUUUUCACUGCCAACAGGCUCUGACUAACCUGCCGCUCCCCCAGCCGGCGUAUAUCCCUGCAGGGCCAAUACUGUGCAUGGCACCCGCUUCAAGUAUUGUGCCCAUGAUGCACGGUGCUACACCUACCACUGUGUCUGCAGCAACAACACCUGCCACCAACGUUCCCUUCGCUGCAACAACUACAGGCAAUCAGAUGCCCCAAUUAUCAGUAGAUGAACUGAAUAGCAGCAUGUUUGUUUCACAGAUGUAGACGUUCCCAGUAGAACACUGAAAUACUGAACAGCAGAGUUAUGGAGUAUCAGAAUCUUUCCAUGGAAACCUCCAUAUGGCCUUUCUAUAUAUAUUCUUGUAUUUCUUCUUCUACCAACACUACAAUAAGCGUGGUACAGUCAAUAUAUUAAGCAAAGCAAACCUGCCAGCCAGCAAAUUCAAAUAAAAAAUAAAGCAUUAAAAAUCAAUGGAGAUGUUAAAACAGAACAUGAAUAGAAAACUAAUAACUACCAUCCGUCUUAUUUGAAUUAUCAAGCAGAACAUGACCAUAAAAUUUGGUAACUCGUUACAUUACUCUUUGUCAUUUUCUAAUAACCAUGCUAAGUGAAUUUCCAGAGUGAGCUUUUGGCUUACUGUAUACAUUCUUGGUGGAUAAAUUAUUCACCUGUUUUUGGUUUUGUUUACAAGAUAGUCUAUUGGGUUGAUUCAGAAUGUAACAAAUAUAUUCAGUACCAUUUCUUGUAUUGUACUGUGUUGUGCUAUGUAAGGUUUUUACAUGCUGUAGUGUUUUGCUGUAUAUGUGUGGUAUUUGAUUUCAACUAAAAUGUUAUUAGCGGGGAACAAAAGUAUAUGCUUAAAAACAUGACAAUUUCAUGCAAAUAUGCUCUCUCUAUAUAGAAUAUUUCUGUAGGUUUCUUGGGACUGACAUUUAAAAUGCCUCACUUUUGAGUGUGCACAAAACCUGCUCAUUAACAUGCAUGUGUAUAAUUUGUACCUGCAGAUCUUACAUUGCAUAAUACAAUCAAAUUGCUAGAUUUUUUAAAGAGAGAAAUAAUUACCUGCACAAAGCAGAGAACUUCAUGAAACAUUAACCCCUAAUUCACUUUUCUUAAAUAGCUUGGAAAAUAAGAUUUUACCUUUAAAUGAAUUUCUCAGCAUUUAUACUAAAAGUUAUGUAAAGUGCUCAUUAGAUUUUUUUGUGUGUGGCUUGAGAAUCCUAUCUCCUAGGUUGAGUAUCUAAAACUGAGCCAUUUGUCAUCUUCAGCUGAAAAACUGAUGCUUGGGAGCUUAAAAUAUGCUAAUUACAAGUUAUAAAUCAAACAGAGAGAUGGGGGCGUGGAAAUAGUUUUUACGUACUGGAGGAAAGUGUGUAAAACCAUGGCUGUGUCACCUUUUACACAAGCGCCAUUUUCCAAAUGCAAAUGGCUCAUGCUCUUUACUCUUUGAAUAGCAAAUAAGAUGCAAUCUAGUAAAAGUCAGUCAGGGUGAAAGACAAUUGGUUACAAAUGAGGACUUUCUUCCUCAAAUGGACUAUCUUCUGUAUUGAUCACAGAGGGAGCCUGAGUACAGGUUUGGAGAAAUGGCUAGGACAGGAACAGGGAGGCACUUACAAACUAUUCCUUGAUUUAGUCAAAAGAACUGGGAAAGAUGGUUGUAGUUGUCUUUAGCUUCAGUUCAACUGAGUUUCGUUUUGUUAAACAGUUCAGCGGAGGAGAAAGCAUCUGUGAUAUAUGGCAAGUGUCCCCCUGGCCAAACUUUAACAUUAGAGCCUCUCACAUUAUAACCAUGCCUCUUUUUUGCUUGUUUGGAUUCGAUUGCCUUUAUAUAUGUUUGAAAAUGACAAUAAAGAGGGUUUUAGCACCCUUUGGAUGAGACAGAGUAGCUAUACUCCUCAGAGCUCAACUGAAUUCACAUUAUUAAUACCUAUGAAAUAAUUUUAUAACAAAAUAGUAAUUAAUUCCUGUGGUGUGUGACAUAUCUCAUCCACUCUACUCAGUUAUUAAUGUUACUAUUAUUAUACAGUGGUGGAAACAUACGAUAUUUUACAUCAACUAAUAGAUUUAACAUUUUCUAGUAAAUAGGUGUUCUUCCACCAGAAAGUAUAAAACCAUGACAAGUAAAAAGUAAAUCUGAUUGAGGAUGCCUUAACCUGGCUAGAAGUGUUUGAAUCACAGAACAAUGGAGUUAGCAAAAUAAUUUUCAUAGUUGAUGGAACUGAGGUCAGGGGCAUAUGACUUGCCCAAGGCUACCUAGCCAUUGUGGGACCCAGAAAUAUCUCCUGCCUCCAAUUGUUCCUUCUUUCCAGGUUUUUUGUGCUUCAGAACAUUUGAGGCUCUCUCCCAAGGCAGACCCAUUUGGCUCAGAAUACAAGAGAGCAAAAUUAGCUUUCUGGGAAUUGAUAUUCUGUUGAUCGUAAUUAUCCAUCCAAAUCUUGAUCAACAGUGCUUUCUAAACAGCCUUGCUUGUAUUGAUCCAUUGUCAGCUGUUGACAGUGUUGGUGGGAUUAGAGAUCAAGAGUUGUCCUGACUUUUACCUAUGGACUCUCUGAACCAGUUAAUUUCUGUUUCUGAAAUCUUAACAUUUGCUAUAGAAGAAAGUAGCAUAUGCCUUUUUGAAAUUGCUCACGUAUGGAACUGAGUUUUGUAUGAUCUGUGCCAGUGCCUCUCCACAAGAGUAGAUCUGAUUACAUGAAUCCAGGAGGGAUGCACCUGAGCUAGUAUGGAUAUAUUUCUUAAAAGAGACAAGAACUUUUUUGUGCAAAAUGAACUUUUGUAUAGUUUGACAUCUGCAUGCAACGUACUAUCUCACUUAACUUUUUCAACUUUGGGCAAAGAUGUACAUAGGCCAUAGAUAACCUAGAGUAUAGCUGUUUUCAUGUUGCAUUAAUCACUGGAAGACAUUAACAAUGACUUACUUUUUAGUAAAAAGUUCAGUGAGAGAUAUUUAGGGUGAUUGUAUUUUUGGUGCCACAAUUUUCUACAUUGUUGGCAUUUUAAAAGUUACUUUGUAACUGAGUGUAAAGAAAGAAAGAAAGCUCAAAGCCCUAAAGUUUUGAUCAAAUUGAAGAGUUUUGAGAGAAAAAAAUACAAUUUAAAAUGGCACUCUUUAAAUUAGAUGUGCAAUGACUUAUUCAAAUUAUCUUUAUUCAAGAAAAGAAAAGAAGAAAGAUAAGUCACUAGACUAUAAAUUUCCAUUUAAAAAGACAAGUCACAAAGCGAAUCAGUGACUCUAAACAAAAAUUUACUGAAUGAAUUGUAUAUAUAAAAUUCUAAUCACUUAUGAUUCUUAGUUAACAUUUUAUAAGCUUUAUAUUUUACAGGGGCUUCUUUUUAUUUAUCCAAAAUUAUUGCUUUCAUCCAUUUUUCUCAGCCUUUUGCAAAAAUAUGCAAGAGUGCUGAAACUUGGAUAAAAAGGGUCAUGUAUACAGAGAAAAUAAUCUAAAAGUUAUCUUUAAGAGGAUUUUAGUAGUGUCAACUUUUUAAAAAAGUACUACGUGACCAUAACAUACAUGUAUUUUAAAGAGGGAUUAAGAUUAAAUUAAAAUAAAUGGAUUCAUAAAAUUGCUAUUUAAAUACAGCAUUUACUUUUGCAACUGGAGCAUGAUUCCAGAACCAGCUGUGGCAUUUCAUUUCACUUUUCUAGAUCAGAGCCUUUAAUUUGUAGUUAAUCAUGAUGUGGAAAGUCAUCUUCUCUCUACUCCAUCAAUUUUCUCCAUCCAUUUUUGAACAUGCUGAAGCACUUUGAUCUUGCCAUAAGUGUUGUCCUUUACCACUAGGCAGUGUUCACUAAUAGGAGGGCCUCAAAUCACCUGCUCUCCAAUUUGGGAAAAAGCAAGUACCUCCUCCCUACCAUCAGCAGAAACAGAAUGAAAUUGAUCUUUGCAAAUUGAAUCUGUUUUAAGUAGCAUUACCAAUAAGCAUAGUGAUGUCUGAAUAAUGAAUGAUACUUAUUACAUUUUAUUAAAUAAGAGAGAAAGUCCUUGUGCUACUUGAAA